GGCGCCCAGCUCCCCGAGUUUAGAAAUAACAGGCGGUGGCCGCAGCCCGGCCUCGCCGCCCCUCCCAUCCACGCUGAGUGGUUCGGUCUGGAGCCGGCCGGGCGAGUCCAAGUCGGAGGGUCGCGCCUAAGCCCGAAUGGUGCGGUCCUGGGCCGCGGGCGGCACCAAGUGAGGGGCCCCCGGGGGAGGGAGGAGCUGCCGGCGGCCAGUGGAGCAGGGAGAAGCUCCAAGAUGGCGUCGGCCGGCCCCGAGUCUGGGGGCAGCAGCAGCAGCAGCGCCGGCAUCGCGGGAUCAGCAACCUUCAAAAAAUCAUUCACUUCAGAGAUGUCUGGUUCUUCUGGCCAGCCUGGCUCACAGACAAUAAAGAAAGGUCAUAGAGGAGUAGAUUCCACUGGUGAGACUACAUAUAAAAAGACUACGUCAUCGGCCUUGAAAGGUGCCAUUCAGCUGGGCAUCACCCACACAGUGGGAAGCUUGAGCACCAAACCAGAGCGAGAUGUUCUCAUGCAAGACUUCUAUGUAGUAGAAAGUAUUUUCUUCCCAAGCGAAGGGAGUAACCUGACCCCAGCUCAUCACUACAAUGACUUCCGGUUUAAAACCUAUGCUCCUGUAGCAUUUCGCUACUUCCGUGAACUGUUUGGAAUACGGCCAGAUGACUAUCUGUACUCGCUCUGCAGUGAGCCGCUCAUUGAGCUCUCCAACUCCGGGGCCAGUGGUUCCCUCUUCUACGUAUCCAGUGAUGACGAGUUCAUCAUUAAAACAGUUCAGCACAAAGAAGCAGAGUUCUUGCAGAAGCUGCUGCCGGGUUACUAUAUGAACUUGAAUCAGAAUCCUCGGACACUGCUGCCUAAGUUCUAUGGCCUGUACUGCGUGCAGGCCGGAGGGAAGAACAUCCGCAUCGUAGUGAUGAACAACCUGCUGCCCCGCUCUGUGAAAAUGCACCUCAAGUAUGACUUGAAAGGCUCCACCUAUAAACGUCGAGCAUCCCAGAAGGAGCGGGAGAAGGUCUUCCCGACAUACAAAGACCUGGAUUUUAUGCAGGACAUCCCUGAUGGCCUGUUCCUAGACUCUGAUAUGUACAAUGCCUUAUGCAAAACACUACAGAGAGAUUGUUUGGUUCUGCAGAGUUUUAAAAUCAUGGAUUAUAGUUUGCUUGUGGCUGUCCAUAACAUUGAUCAGGCACUGAGAGAGCGUGCGAUAAUGGAUGGGACGGCCCAGUCGGACAUGCGAAGGCCAGCUACCCAAAAAGCUCUCUACUCCACUGCUAUGGAGUCUAUCCGAGGAGAGGCCCGGCGAGGCGGCACCAUAGAGACUGACGACCAAAUGGGAGGCAUUCCAGCCCGGAAUUCAAAGGGGGAAAGACUGCUUUUAUAUAUUGGUAUCAUUGAUGUGCUACAGUCCUACAGAUUCGUUAAGAAGUUGGAGCACUCAUGGAAAGCAUUGGUGCACGACGGGGACACUGUAUCUGUGCAUAGGCCCAGCUUCUAUGCAGAAAGGUUUCAACGAUUCAUGUGCAACAUUGCGUUCAAGAAAAUACCAUUAAAACUUUCUCCUUCUAAAAAGAGCCGGUCUGGCACAACCGUUCCUCGGAGGAUGGGUCAGGGUGGAGCCCCUUACCAAUCGCAUGCAUCGUGUGAAACUAAAGCACAAGUAACGGCAGAAGCAGAUGUGGAGCAAGGUUCGCAUCUUGGUCGCCCUGAUCUCCUUCCCAGAACUCCUCCAGUAGACGAAGCUAACAGUGAUUCCAUAGCAACAACCUUGUCUACUUCUUCGUUGGGCAGUGGAGGACUUAACUCUCCAGCCAACAGGUCAGUGGGAGUGCAAGUUCACAAAUCUGAAACCGCGCCAAAGGGUUUGGCUAGAACAGCUCCUGCCAUCUGCUCAAAUAGGUCAGUGGGACUGGAAGUUCACAGCUCAGAAAGCUCCGCAGAGGAUGUAGCUAGUUCAGCCCUGAGUAACCACUCAAAUAGUGGCUCCGCAGGGCCUUCCGUAACAGAACGCUCCUCAGAACUGACAGAACAUUUUGAAGACGUGCAAGAAACAGAGAUAAGCUUUUGAAAUAACAGAGGGACGGUUGUAAUGUGAGCAGAAGAUUUCUCUCGACUCUGCGUGGGCCGUAGAGUCUGACAAACAUUCAGCCCCUGCGGCUGAUCUUAGAAAUCUUAUCCGGACAGAAUCCAUAGAAGCUGGAAGGCUUGGGACCUACUUAGUGUCAUAGUAUUAACAGUGGCUGAGCCCAGAGCAACCUCCUCUUCUGCAAAACAGCCCUCAGGCUGUGGCUGGUUGCAUCUAGUUUGUUUUCUGCUGCUGUCCUCUCUUCGAAGACUGGCAGGAGCAAGGCUGCUCAUCUCCAAGGAGGAGCAGGAGCUGCUCCGUGCAGGCCAGAGUCCUCUGGAGAAAAGGAGCUGGCUUUGGGGGAGCUGGUUACCUAGGAUUGAGGACAUCACAAACCUUGCAAGAACAAUGGUCAACUAUGAAGAGCACCAGGGGAAAUGGACAUUGGAGCCUUGUUGGAACCGUUUUUGCAACAGCUCAACAUGGUGUUUGGUUUUUAUAUUAAUUUAAGUUUCUUUAAUUCAGUCAUAUCGUUUCUUUUAGGCUGCGACAAUUAUCUAUUCUUUUUUAAAAAUAGUUUUAUCAGUGUUUCACCAAAAAUGUCCCGCAGAAGGGGGAGCGACUGUUUUUUUUGGUCACACAUGAAAGGUAUUGAUCAUGGAUGUCUUGUCUAUAAACUAAUUUUGAGUGCAGCAGUCUAAUGCAUUUAUGACCUUGCAUCAUCAUCCUCCUGAGAAGGUGACCUGGAACAGACCCACCCACAAGACUUUAUCAUGGCUUGGUGCUUGAAGGAUUUGGAAUGGGCUACGCUUUUAAGAUGUCAGAGAGGUUUUUGCAUUGCUUUGUCCUGUUUUAAACUACUCCUUUAUUCUCUCAUCCUCACACAGAACGAGAAGCAACAGAGAUUUCGGGAGAUCUUGGUGCCUGGCGCAUUUUUAAGCCUUCAGUGUUUCUUAAGCAAAUGGACCAAACCGAUCCUGCUUGGUUUUUUUUCCCCAGUAUUAUGUGUCCUUCUUGGGACACAACUUGUAAAAUCUGCCUUUUUUUUUUUUUUAAAAAUAGCUAAAUUCCCUUUUGAUAGCUAUGCUUCCGUCUUACCCCUUGGCAUCAGGGUUACCUUUUGCGCACGGUGCUCUAACCGCAUCCAAAUAGAGAUUCCCAUAAUGCCACUCCAUAUAAAUGGCUGCCAGGUCUCUGUGCAGAGCAACAGAUUUUGGUGUUUUUUUUUUCCUCAACAAGUGUGUGUUCCACUCUGAUUCCAAGCUGCAGCUUAUUAGAAUCAGCGGAAAAGACGCAUUGCUGUAUUAUCUUAGCCAGUUGCUGUACAUAAGACUGUGGCAGUCCUUACCAAGUUACCAGCUGCAGACACAUGGCUAGAAACCUGAGCAUAUGUUGUACUGAUUUUUAUUUUCACUAAAGUUUUUUUAAAAACUAAA